CUCCACGUAUGUGUAAACAAUGAGCCUUGAAAUGAGAACGGGAAAUUCAUAUUCGCCUGUUUCGUGGAAUCAUUUCUGUUUAAUUUUUAACACUUUGUCAUCUAAUCUUCAUCUUAUCGCGCUGAUCUUGUCUCAACAUUAAUUUUCUAAGCCUGUGGUUUUCUUAUUGAGUGUUAUCAACAAUUCGCUCAGUCCCGGUCUCAUGCAAUUGCAAGAGCCACGCCGACAAUCAACAGGUGCCGAUAUUAUGUAGCCUUUCUAUUUAUACUUUAUCAACUGUAAUGGAAAAUAUGUGAUGAUUAAACCCCAAUGAUUCAAAGCUUGAAUAAUGGCUAAAAACGAAAAAAGCGUGUUUUUAACGUACCUUCUUUGGCUGUUGGGUGGUUUCUUCGGACUCCAUCAUUUCUAUCUGGGUAGAGAUAUGCAAGGCUUUUUGUGGUGGUGCACUCUUGGAGGCUACAUGGGUUGCGGCUGGUUACGGGAUAUAUUUCACAUCAGAGAAUAUGUCGCGGAUGCCAACAGAGAUCAGGAAUACAUGAAAAAACUGUCACAGACUCUAAGGCAAAAUCCAAAGCCACCUUUUUCCAGUGUACGGUUCCUUGGUAUGAUAGUAGUUGGUUACAUUUGGGGCUCAAUCGUUCACUUGGCAGUCCCAGAAGAAGAAGUGGGAGGUUACAGUUUCUUGUGGCUGCGACAUUUGGUUCCUCUAGCCUGUGCUUUAGGUGUUUGGUCUGUAGGCAACAUUGGUCAUGAAACAGGCGGUCUGAAGUUACCAUUAAUUACAGCUUAUGUUACGUAUCCCCUAACUUUUUACAAUUAUUUUGACGAAUCCACUUCUUUCACAAUUAUGGUCAUAGCAGCAGCUUACAUGUUUGAUACUAAAGCCAAGAAAUGGAAACGUAGAUUCAGACCGCAAACAUCUUGUUUGAAGAGGUGCCUGAUUCUUGGCUCAUGUGCACUAUUGUACGCAUCUCUACUAGGCAGUUACCUGUACUUCAACGCCUCAAUAACUGACGAGGAAGGAGAACAACUACCAAUGAGAGAAGCGAUUUACCAUUUCUUCAAGUCUCCAUGGUGGACGGAUAUCAAACAGUCCUUCAUCGAUACAUACAACUAUGCACAAGUUCAUGGCUGGAUGGAGGUCUGGAAACAAAUAAUAGACUUAUCUGAUCCCUAUGGGGAGCAGAAUGCUUUCAAGGUGCUUGAUCUUUCGAUGGGUGCAAGGCAAAGUGAUAUCAAUUCACGCUGCAAGAAGUUGGCUGUAAAAUAUCACCCUGACAGAGUGCAAGAUCCUGAAGAGAAGAAAGUCGCUCAAGAGAAAUUUUAUGAAAUUCAACAGGCCUGCGAAAUCUUGUCGAGUAAUCGCGCCAAGAAACGAAGGAAGAAUAAACAAUUCAACGAAUGAUCCUAAUUGAUACCGGAGUUGCAAUGACUGGUCCUAGACAAAGAUCUGCCCAUGCAUUUUUUUCUGCGAAGUACUUCCUUGCUAAGGCAAGGAAACUACUUCUAUUUUCCUAAUCAUUUUUAUUUUUCGAUUUGUUGUUUAAAAAGGUCUCUCUUAGAAAUGGUAUACUUUAAACAUGCCUCAUAAAAAAAAUCUAAGUUUUAUAUCCCCAUGAUUUAUUAAAAUAUUCUACAUAGGGUAACCUAGAACAAAAUAGGGUACUCGUGGAGAAGCACCCUACCAAAAAAAAUAGACUAUCCGUGAAAUGCAUUUUGGGAUGGCUGCACAAGAAACCAGUGGAGCUUAAUAGUCCAUUUCCUGAUUGGUCAACUGAUUUGAAGCCUGGGAAAAUAUAUCCACAUGCAAAGGGUUGUAGACAUUUCUGAGGUAAAUUUCUCAAAAACCUAUUCAUCUCACCCCGUCCAUAACAACAUAAUUUCGCUUAAACUUUGAAAUUCCAAAGUUGGAAGUAUCCAUAUGCUAGCAAAGUCAAUAAAACUUAAAAAAAAACCAACUAAUAUUCAAGAGAAACCAGACAAACAACAAUUACAUUGCCCAAUUCAAUACACGUGAUUGUGAACGAUCAGGAUGAGUGGAUAGCCCCACAUUUGUUAUAAGUAACCCUAUUUCUAACCAAUAAGAUGACACAAGUACAAAAAUUUACUGAGAACUCGUGCAAUUAUCCUCUCAUUGAAAUCGUGAGUAAAAUCAAAAUCCUCUACCCGGAUUGAUGCUUGAUUUUACCGUUGAUCUCAGAAAACAUGAGGUUUUGUUUCUAUGGUAUAAUGUUAGAGUAUUUACCAAAUAUCUUUAUUUAGUUUUAACACUCAUAAGCUUCCAUUUCUCCAAACUAUGGUAAACUGAAGCAAAAUCAAAUUGUUAUUAACCUAUUCUGUUAUGGUAUAUUAACUGAAGAGAUUCAUUCAAAAUGUUUGAGCCAGAAGAAGUGUACAAAUCAGUCAGAUAGGCAUUUUUUCUGUAUUAAACCUCUAGACAAGGUACGAAUUUAUUAGCAUUAUUUUCUCAUCUGGUUUUUCUAGUGAGUGGAAAAUUUAACUUUUUUGUUACUAAUGGUAAAUAAAAAUGUUGAUACCUUGGUUUUGAGUGGAUAUCAGUAGUUUUAGUGGAAUUCUGAAGGAGAUAUAUGUAUCAGAAUGCUUAAAUUCGUACCUUGUCUAAUGGUCUUUUGUCUUCCCCUCCAAGAAAUGAAUUAAGAUGAGAAAAAUAUUUUUAAAAAUCCCUUCCAUGGAAUGCAGCAUCACUGAUUUUUUAGUAGGGAAAUAUGACAUGGUAUGGAUGCCAAAAUGUAGUUAGAAAAUUCAUCUCCCUCAACAACAUUUUACGCUUUAGAAUCUUGAUUUUUCAUGAGUCUGUGAUAAAUAUUUUGUCUGCUAAUUCUGGAUAAGUAUUUACGGUUUCUCGAUUAGGAAGAAAAAGGCAAGCUGAUACAUUCCAGAAUGCUUUUGUUAUUUUUUUGAUGAGAGAUUUUAUAAUAUUGUCUUAAUGUAAAUCGAUGGCUAAAUUCUGAACAUGUAACUCAUUCUUUAUGAAUUUUGAGAGAGCUGAAAAGUAGAGUUAAAGAGGAUGCUUUUGAUGCAUUUUUUUAAAUUACCAUUUGAGGAAAGUUGGAAAUAACUGAGAUACUCCAAAAAGAGUCUAAAAAAGGAAACUAUAAAAUUUCUGGACUCUCCUGAAAAACGGAGAUGUCUGAGUUACAGCUGUUAUUAGAAUUUAGCUAUCAAAAUGUAUGAAUUCAUAGUUCGCCGUUUAAUCGACUCUUAUUUAUGUAUGCAAAAAAUUUUUUAAUUAGACAUGUACAUUUCAAUACGUCACUUUAUUUAGAAUACUUUAUCUGUAGAAGAAAAGAAUGAAAUUUAGUCAGCUCUUAUACAUCAUAAUUCCUUAGAUGGAGAGUAUUUGGAUUUGUUUCUGUACAAUCCAGAGGCCUUAUGUUGAAUAUUAUUUGUUCAAAAUUUAUUUAUGUGUUAGUUGUAAUGAUCUGAUUUAUCCGUGCAAUAGCUCACAUUUGUACUUGAUUUAUUUUAAAACUUGACCGUCCACUUUCACUUCUUUUAUGGUGAAAGAUUAAUCGCUCAAAAUAUCCAUCGAAAUCAGUGCCUUUUAAUUUGACCCUCCCGUUUAGUUAGAGUAGUAUUUUAAAGAUUUGCUUGCUUAUAGUAUCUGUGCCAAUUUCAAUUUUUUUCUUAAUCCAGUAACUAUUUGGAAAAAUUCAAAUUAGAUAAAAAUUUGAUGGUCUGAAGCAGAGAAUGAAUAAACCUUUAUAUUGAUGGAUUUACAUCAGUAACUGAGUACAUAAAAAAAACAGAUUCUUACCUGUUCUAACAGAGACAAGCAAAAAAUGGCCUCUUCACUUUUUUUACAUAUUUCACUGAGGCCUGUUAUCUAUGUGUUUAAUAAUUUUGACAGAGAAAUGCUAGAACAUCACCUCGAGUAUAUAUUUACAAAAUCAUAUCACAGUGUUUCGAAGUAGAACUGUGUACUUUCAUCUUCAGCAUGAGCGACACAAAUGCUGCCCCUAAAUUUUUCAUUAUUUUGAUCAAAUUUAUUUCCGAUGGCAGAGGGCGCAAUUUAUCACAAGGCAUCCUAGUCCUUUACUGAAUUUUGUGAUCUAUUGGUUUUUUUGUUCUCUGUGCUCAGUUCAGGAUAUUCAUCCCAAGGUUGAUUGAAUAUUUAUUUUUUGAUCAACAAAAAAAAGUAAGUUGAGAUCAUUAAUCAUGUUAAACCAGGGUUACAUACUUUAUCAUAUAAAUAUUUUUUUAAUCUUGCAGAGCUAAGUGCAAUCAGGGUACACAUAGCUCUCACUUGAUUAAGUAUUAUUGAUUUAUUUUUUGUGAUUUUAGAUUAGAAUAAUUGAGUAUUGAUGAGCUAUCUACAUUCUGAAAACUGGAUUUGUUAAAAAUACAAGUUUAAGAAUCGAAACUGCACAGUAAAAAAUUAUCAUCUCACCGAUAGUGCAAAUCAGAGAAUCAUGAAGUCAGCAUAAUUGCCAAAGAAUGGCUUUUGGAACUUGCUUUUUUUUCCUAAUGCUAGGUGCAGCAUUUCUAAUAAGUACAUUAGCAAGUAUUUAGUAAAUGCUUAAGCUGUAUUUGAUUCCAGAAUUAUUCUGUAUGCAAUCGUUUUGAUCACUGAAUUUAAAUAUAUUCUGAAAAUGUUAUUUGUAAAUAAAAUUAAUUUAUUUUUUAUAAGUUA